AUGUCUAGUAAAAGGCACUCGAUUCUCCCUGCCAUCGACCGCAGCGGUCCCAGGCCACCCGUCAACUUCUCGUCCUCCCUCACCAUCUCCAACAAUGCGAUGCUGCAAGGCACACACUCGAUCACGAUGCAGUCAGAGACCGUGGUUCAUCCGCGAUCGAAGUUCGAGUCCAACCUAGGAUCCAUCUUGAUCGGACGACGAUGUCUUAUCCACGAACGGACGCAUAUCGGAGCUCGCCCUGCCGACAUCGAGAGUGCGAAGCCCGGUGGUAUAGCUCUAGGAGACUACGUGACGAUUGAGGCCGGUUCAAUCAUUGAGGCUGGAGGCACUGAGAUUGGCGAAGGUUCAACGAUCCAAGCUGGAGCCAACAUUGGUUGUGGUUCCAAGAUUGGCAAGAACUGCACCAUCACUCAAUUGUCCAAGUUGGCACCAGGAACCAUUCUGCCAGACAACACAGUGGUCUUCUCCAACGGCACAAGACGCAUCGAUAAGCGUGAUAUUUCCGAUCACAAGAAGAUUGCUUUGAUCAAGCAACUUGCUAUUUUGCGAAAAAUGAUACCCAGCGACCCCGACAAAUUCAAAUAA